UUGUUUGGGCAAUCGAAACUUGCUUAACGGAAGCAAAUUCUAUUUUAUUUCACUUCCUGAGUUAACUUCCUAGCAAUUGUUUAGCAAGAGGAAAUAAUUGGAUCGAUAAAUUGCAAAUUGAAUAAUGAAAAAGAAAUCAAGUCGACUACUGUUUUUCCUCCUGACCGUGUUCAUAAUUUUGUGCUGCGUGGGCGUGGCAUAUUACUUUGCAGGCGUUGAACAUGAAACGGAGCACUUGAAGAACAUGCUGGUUUCGAUUGUGAUUGUGCUGCUCUUUCAAAUGAUAAUCGCAGAGCCAAUCAAAUUCAUUCUAUUCGCUAUUGACGAGGCCACUUGGCCCUCAAAAAUACCCAAGUAUAGUCCCUACGAGCCUGAGGAAGAUGAGAAAUACAAUCGCUUGGAUUUUCUAAAGCAACGAUUGCCUGGCUUAAGAGUUCAGAUGCUGAUCAAUGAGCGUUAUCGCGAUUACACUCUAAAUGAUGAGUACAAAUUGAUUGUCGAAGAUCUUUUCCUCUAUGGCAAGUAUUUUCUGGUGCUAACCUUAAUGGUGCUCGUGCAUCGUGAUGAAUUGCUCUAUCACAAUACGAAAAUGCUCCAACGACUCUUCACGGACAAUCACACGGACUACAUGGGAUUGAAAAAUGUCUACCAUCUGAAUCAACUGUUUGACUUUGUGCAGUCCUCGCUGGUCACUGCCUUUGACUCUGAUGAUGAGGACACGGGCUUCAAUUAUUGGGUGCACAGUGAGCCAAACAAGAUGCUGGGCGUGGCGCGAUUGCGGCAACUGCGUUUGAUUAAGGAACAAUUCGGAUGGAAUGAUCCCGAGUUCUCCAAUCUCAAGUAUAUGCCCAACUGGGAGCUGCCCUAUCGACGUCUGCACUAUGCGGACAAGUAUUGGCGUAUCUACGAGCCGUGGUUGCCCAUCGAUGAUCACUCCGACCUGAUGGAUACCAUUCUGAUGAACUUUGAUCAUGUGGGUUACUUUCAAAACUAUCCCGAGUUGCGAGGCUAUGUCACAUUGUUGGCCAGAAACAAACAGAACUCGAUGAAGAUCCUUGACUUUCUCUCGGAAUACAAUUGGCUCAACUACAAUACAUCGGUUGUGUUCCUCGACUUUACACUCUACAACGUGGAUGCGAAUAUGUUCAGUGUUUGCACGCUGCGAGUGGAGAAUACACCGUUUGGCAGUAUCAUACCUAAAGUUGAUUGCGACAGCGUGAGGCUCAUCGAAGAGUUGGAACAACUAUCGUUCGGCAGCAUAAUUGUGCUGGUGAUUUAUAUUAUUGUUGUGCUGCAGUUUAGCUAUGCAUUUGUGAGAACAGUCUGGUAUACGCCGGUGAAAAUCAAGAGUUUCUGGAACAAAAUGGAUCUUAUCAUUAUUGUGCUGAAUGUGUUGGUGAUCGGUUUGAUGUUGGUGCGAUCAACGAUUGUGCACGGAUUGCUGAAGCGACUGGAGGGUGCCAACAAAUUGGAGUACUUGAAUUUCCAUGCACCGGCUCGACUGCACAGCUUGACCACGAUAUUAAUUGGUUUCCUCAUCUGUCUGACGACGCUGCGUUUGUGGCGAGUUCUCCAGUUCUCCAAGGUGUUUCUACUCUUCACGCAGACAUUUGCUCUGGCCUGGAAGGCGUUUGCGAUGACUAUCGCGAUGAUUAUGAUUACUCUGAUGGCAUUUGGCAUUGCCUUUGUCAUAAUUAAUGGCAACAAUUCGGUGCAUUUUUUGCGUGUAAUCACAAGCAUCAUGACCACCUUGUGCUUUGCCUGUGGCUUCAGCACUACGAUUAAUCCAAAGGAGGUCUUGUAUGGUGGCUUCUAUUUGGGCAUUUUGCUGUAUGCCAUGAUGGGAUUUGUUGUGGCCAUUUUGCUAAUGAAUGUCUUGAUUACAACCAUUGCCGAUUAUUUUCAAACAGCUCGCGCUGUUCGUGAUGCCCAAACAAAGAGGCGAAUUAGUUUCUUUGAAUUCCUGCGUGUCGAAUAUAAUGGCUUUUUCGAAUUCUUUCUGAGAAAGUUGCCCUGGUGGCGAAAGCCGUAUAUACGCAAUGAUCGAACUGUGGCUGAGAACAUAAAACGCAAGUUGGAUCGUCGCGAAUUGUCGGCGAAAUCGAAACUACACCGCAAACGAGAAGUGAUAUCUGCCAGUCGUCAAAAGCCGCCGCCGCCCAAGGAUGAAGAAACCUUGCAGGCUGAGUACAGAGAUCGCAUUGAACACGUGCUGGCUGUCUCUUACAUGCUGAACACCCAAAUGGAAAUUCUCAAAUUAAUGCUCAUCGCUCGUAAUUCCACAAAGCAAGAAACAACCGAGCAGGAUAAGAAUAAUCCGUUUGUGGACACCGAUGAGUCCAGUGAAGAUGAUGUUAAGAAGCCGCAAGGUCGAAAACCCAACACCAAUAAGAAAUAAAUGUUAUGACAGUACGGAAAGAACAUUAAAAUAUUUCUGAAU